GAAUUGCGAUAUCAGUUUUGCUUGUCGUCACGUGCAGUCUACACGCGUCUUUCGUCAGCUCCAAGCUUAUGACGGGUUCAUGUCGGAUUGUGUGCGGCAUGGGCGCGGAAAAUGGCAACAUUUACCUGUCAGACUACCCCAACAGCCCAAACAAAGUCCCUGAAACGGACAAAGGAGAGAAGGGUGCAGCCGGGCGACCAGGGAAAGCGGGGCCCCAGGGCCCCCCUGGGGAGAGGGGGCUCACUGGGAUGCCUGGUAAGGGCUUGUACGGACCCAAGGGGGAAAAAGGGGCCGAGGGUCCUCAUGGGCCUCAAGGAGACAGGGGCCUGCAAGGCCCGGUAGGGGAAGGAAAGAAAGGAGAUGUCGGCGACAAGGGACAGAAGGGGGAGCAGGGUUACCGAGGCCCACGCGGGCAACCGGGUGACCCCGCCCCGUACCACCCCAUGAUCCGCUACGUGCACCCGCCCGCCCCGGGGCCGCUCAAGAUCGUGUUCUCCGCGACCAACACGUACAAGGACGCGAGGUACAACGCAGGAGGACGGCGACGCAACAGCCAGGCCACGACGAGCUUCAGCCACGUGCUGGUGAACAGCGGCGGGCACUAUCACACCAGGAACAGCGUCUUCAUCGCCCCCAUGAACGGCACCUACUCCUUCACCUUCAGCGUACCCAAGCACCACAAGGAGGACCUCCUCGAGGUCCACCUCAUGAGGAACCUCCAGAAGCAGGUGGUUGCCAUAGCGACGGGCCCGAACCCCGGCGUCUCCAUGGCAACCAACACGGCCAUCAUCCACCUGGACGACAAGGACCUGGUGUGGGUCAAAGUUCACCGGGGAGCCAUCGAGGAGAAGGAGAGACUGGCAACGUUUACGGGAUGUCUGCUGUUUCCCGAUCUUGGGGGGUAAAAAGCACUCUGUAUUUAGCAGA